GCCAAGGUGUCCACCGCCAAGGAGGACUGGAAGAAUCUGCUCGCAAACCUUCACCAGAAAGAAGCUGCCUUACAGAACUUGCAAUCACAGAUGAAGGACUUCGAAGCUGGCGUUGGGCCUGUGCAGGAGUGGCUGGUCGCCACGGAAGCAGCUGUGCAAGGGAGCAGCAGCCAGCUGCCUGACCUGCUGGCGAAGAAAAACGAGCAGUUCAGAAUGCAGGAGAAGGCUUUACGAGUUCAGCGAACUGUGUCAGAACAUCAACAGUUCUCGCAAGGACUGAAAGAGCUACAGGACUGGCUGGCCGAUGCCAGGCAUAUGCUGGAGUCCUACUGUGCUCCCACUGCCGAUAAAAACCUGCUGGACAGUCGGAUGGCAAAGGUUGAGGCUCUGCUAGCCCUCAGACAGGAGAAGGAGAUUCAACUGAAGAUGGUGCUGACUCGCGGUGAGUCUGUUCUAAGGAGCACCUCUCCUGAGGGCACCGCCGCUAUUCGAGAGCAGAUGGAAGAUCUGAAAGAUUCCUGGGACUCUUUGCUCUCCUUUUCCAUUCAGUGUAAAAGUCAAUUGGAAGGUGCGUUAUCGCAGUGGACCAGUUACCAGGAUGAUGUCCGGCAGUUUAUGAGCUGGAUGGAUCGGAUGGAAGGAGAUCUGAAGGCCUCCGAACGACAAUGUACAGAACUUAGGGACAAGGCAACAGGACUGGGCAAAGCCAAGUUGCUGUAUGAGGAUACUCUGAGUCACAGCCGCCUGCUGGAGACCAUCCAGGCUAAAGGUGAGAGCAUGGCCCAGCAUUACGUGACACGUUUGGAACUGCAAGAGCUUCAGGAACGCUUUAAAAAUCUGAGUGAAAAGGCAAAGGAGGGCACCCGGAAGGCUGAGGAACUGGUUCAGCUCCACCAAGAGUACCAGCAUGGACUGAAAUCAUUUGAGGAGUGGCUAGAACAGGAGAAGGAGAAGCUCUGCUGCUGUUCGCACCUUGGGAAUGACGUUGACACCCUUGAAAGUACACUCCGAGCGCUAGAGGACUUGGAGAGGCACUGCUCCGAGGGCCAGACUUUAAUGAGCGCUGUCCUUAAGAGCCAGGAAAAGAUGACCCUGUCUGGGUCUACAUACAUGGAGGAUCGCAUCCUUGAAUCUGCUCAAAGAGACUGGCACCUGUACCAGCGGAGGCUUACCGAGUCAAAGGAGAGGAUCAAUGCCACCCUGAACAUGCUGAGGCGGCUGGAGAAGAUGUUCCAGCAGGUGGACACGUGGCUCUCUGACCUUGAGAGCAAGGUCAACCUCCGGACAGGGAGAAAGUCUGACCGAGGCACUAAGGAGACUCAGCUUCAACAGUUACAGAAAUGGAAUGAAGAAAUCCUUGCUCGGAAGGACGAAGUGGAGAGCGUCGGUUUGCUAGCCCAUCAAGUCCUGGAGGAGAGUCACAUCAACAGCAGCGUGGGAAGUCAAGCUACCCAUCUUGCAGCCCGAUACCAGGGCAUUCUGCUUCAUGUGGCGGACCAAACGAAGUUGCUGAGAGAGGAGCUGAGAGCCUUGGAAGAAGCUGGCUCAGCGCUGAGCACCUAUACCGACUGGCUCAGGGCUGCGCAGAAGAACUUUAAAAACAUGGCUGUGGCUUUGAGUGUGGUGGACAAAAUCGCCAUGGAAAUCAAAAUUAAAAAGUUUGAGGGCCUGCACAAUGACAUUGACAUGGGGAACAGCUUGCUGAAGAUGAUUCUUGAGAAGAGCGAGAAGGCUAUUGAGUAUCUUGAGGGGCCGGAAGCUCAGAGUCUGCGGGAGUCAAUGGAUGGUCAUAUUGGCCAAUUGAAUGAGUUGACCAGCUCCAUCAGGAGGGAGCGCGGCAACCUGGAGAAAUGUCUGUACCUCACCAAGGAGUUCUUAGAUAAGUACCAGAGCCAAACCAAGUGGCUGGCAGAGUAUCAGGCCAUCUUACAGAUCCCGGUGGAUCCAAAAGUGGAACUGUUUGAAAAGAAGGCCCAGCUAGCUAAGUACAAGGCCAUUCAGCAAACGAUUGUGUCCCAUGAACCGGGAAUUAAGUUGGUGAUUGAGAAGGGUGAGGCUGUCUUCGAGCUCAUUCACGACCCUGCCGUCAAUGACAAUCUGAAGAGGCUGCUGUCAGAUUACCAGGAGCUGUGCUCCACAGUAAUGGUGUGCAUGCAGAAUUUGGAAGAGACAGUGAGGGAGCAUGAGGAUUAUAACAGUAACCUACAGGAGGUAGAGAAAUGGCUGCUACAGAUCUCCACCAGACUGGUGGCUCCUGACACCACCCAAAGCACCAACCUGGAGAUGGCAACCCAGAACCUGGCAAGACACAAGCCAAUCAUGGAGGAGAUAGCUGGUUUCGAACAUGCCUUAGCAAGUCUGAGAAGCAAGGGGGACAACCUGAUUGCCAACUGCACGGAGGAGCUUCAAGGGAAGUUUAAGCAUCAGAUCCAAGGUCACCUGCAGGGAAUUCGGGACAGUUAUUCUGCCAUCUGUAGCACAGCUCAGAGACUGUACCAGAGUCUGGAACGUGAGCUGCAGAAGCACGUCAGCCACCAGGACACGCUGCAGCAAUGCCAAGCCUGGCUCCAGUCCGUGCAGCAUGAACUGGAGCCCCAAGCUCGACCGCCUAUCAGCCCACAAAAAUCACUCAAACAGGUGAAGCACUAUCGGGCUCUGCAGGAGCAGGCGAGUACUUACCUGGAGCUGCUUUGCUCCAUGUGUGACUUAUCUGACGACACUGUGAAGAAGGGAGCGGCAGACAUCCAACACACCAAACAAGCGAUUGAGCAGCACCUGGUCAGGUCACAGGAGCUGGCCCUCGGUUGGGAGGAAAUAAAACGACAGAAGGCAGAGCUUGUGGCUUACUUCCUGGACACCGAGCAGCAGCUCCAAAGCCUAAAGAGGAGGCCUGCGGAAAUGGAGCUGAAAAUUGCACAGAAGCAGUUGGCCCAGGUGCAGGAACUGGGUCAUCAGUUCCAGUCCAAGCAAGCUAACAUCACUGCGCUCACAGAGAAGGUCAGUAGUCUGACAGAAGGCCAUGAAUCACCAGAACACUCCGAGAUCGGCCAGUUAAGCAACCAGUGGCUGGAGCUGUGUCACCAGAUCAAUGCUCUUCUGUCAAUGAGAGAGGAGGACCAGCAGAGAGCAAGAGAUUAUCACGAUCGAAUGAGUAUUGUGGAGGUGCUUUUGGACAAGUUCACAAAAGAAUGGGACAACUUAGCCAGAACUGAUGCUGAAAGUACAGCUGAGCACCUGGAAGCUCUGAAGAUGCUGGCGAGCGUCGUGCAGGCUCAGAAAUUUGUCCUGGAUGACCUGAAGGAGCAGAAGCAAAAACUAAUGGAUCGCUUGAACCCCGAGGAUAAGGAACUGAUCAAAGAGCAGACCAGCCACUUUGAGAAGCAAUGGGCCCACUUAGAGGACCUGAUCGAAAAGAAAAUUCAGGCUUCCGUCCUGACCUUGGAGGAAUUGAGCCAGUGCCAGGCCAAGCUCGAUGACCUACUGGACUGGGCGGAUGGCCAGACCCACCUCUUUGCCGAGGCCCUGAGAUGCAGCCCACCGGCAGAGCUGGCGCAGACGCUCCUCCUGGACCACAUUGCCAUCUGCAACGAGCUGGAGUCCCAGCAGCUGACUCAUGGAGCGCUGACGGAGGAAGCUGAGAAAAUCCUGGCCCGCUUGGGUCUGGACGAGAGGCAGCGGCUGCAGAGGGCCCUGAGCGCGCUGCACGGGAAGAUGAACUCCCUGAGUGAGGCGGUUGGCCAGCGGAGGAAGUACCUGAGCAAGGCCCUGUCGGACCGCACGCAGUUCCUUAUGGCCGCCAGCCUCGCCAUCAACUGGAUCCAGCAGAACGAGAGGGUGGCUACAUCCCAGAAGCACGUGGCUCUCAUGCCCCUCGAUGUGGGCAAGCAGAUCCGAACCUGCAAGAACAUCAGCAGCCGCCUGAAGGAGUAUCAGGCGGACGUCACGGCCCUGUGGGCCCAGGGCAGGGAACUGGCGAAGGAAGCGACUGAGGAGGAGACGGCUGAGAUCAUGACCCAGCUACAGGAGCUGCAGAGCAUGUAUGACUCUGCCCUGCAGCAAAGCGCCCAGAGGCUGCAGGAGCUGGAGAAGAUCCUGGUCUCCCGGAAGUAUUUCAAGGCGGAUUUGGAUAAGGUGUGCCACUGGCUAAAACAGGCGGAUAUUGUCACCUUCCCACAGAUCAGCCUCAUGAGCAGUGAUGCAGAGCUGUCCUCCCAGCUGAGCAAGUACCAGCAGGUUCUGGAACAAUCCCCCGAGUAUGAAAACCUGCUCCUGCUGGUGCAAAGGGCGGGGCGGGAAUUGCUGCCUUUGCUGAGUGAAGCUGAUCAUUCCUUCUUGGAUGAGAAGCUGAAUGUUCUGCCCAAACAGUUCAACUGCAUCGUAGCCCUGGCCAAGGAAAAGUCCGACAAGAUCCAGGAAGUCAUUGCGGGCCGCAAAGAGUACGUCUCGCUGAUUGAUUUAACCAGCAAGGCACUGAGCGAACUGGAGGACCAGCUGAUUCAGAUGGGCAAAGGGCAUCUGAGCCUGUCCUCAAAGGAGGUGGCUCUAGUGCAGAGCGAUUACAGAGCCCUCCUCAGUGAGGUGACCGGCCUCGGCAGGGCGGUGGAUGACCUGAACCAGAGGAAGGAGACCUUCCGCGGCUCCGGCCAGCCGUGGCAACCCGAUGAGAUGGCCGGCCUGGCCAGCCUCUACGGCCGCCUGAAGCGGCAGAUUGAGCUGCGAGUGGCGCUGCUGGACGACACCAUCGCGGCCCACCAAGACCAUGAGGCCGCGUCCCUGCAGCUGGAGGCGCAGCUUCGGGCUCUGGGCCAAGAGCUUGUCAAGAUCAACGAGGAGACCCUCUCCAUCGAGGAGAAGCUGAAGAACUACCACGCCUUGGCGGGGGGCAUGCAGGAUGCCAGCUCCCUUUUGAAGAGGUUGGUUGAACAAGUGGAACAGCUUUCACCCGAGCUGGACAGCGGAGCCCAUGAGGCAAGGAGUCAACAGAUACAAGCCUGGAAAGAGGAGCUACAGUCGGCCCAAGGAACGAUCAGUGCGAGGAUAAUGGAAUGCGAGAGCAGACUUAUUCAAAGGAUCGACUUCCAGACUGAAAUCCAGCACACCCUGGACUGGCUGCGGCAGAUUAAGGGAGACCUCAGCGCAGCCUCGAACCUGGACAUAAAGCUUCAGAGCAUCCAGGAAGAGGUACGGAAAUCCCAGAUCCUUGAGGAGGAAGUGCAGUCAAGUCUUCGGAUCAUGGCGGCCUUGAGCAGUAAAGAGAAGGAGAAAUACACAGAGUCCAGGGAGCUGAUGCCUCCACAGGUGGAGAGCAACCUGCUUGAGCUCUCCAAACUCGAGACCGAAGUCCAGGAGACAUUGAGCAUCAAGAAGACAUCCCUGGACAAGGUGCAGGGUCUGAUCCAGCGGUAUCAGCGGGCAGCUCAGUCAGCUGGUGACUGGUUGGAUGAUGCCAGUGCUCUCUUGCAGCAGAUGGGUGACAGUCUGGAUGUGGAGGGUUCAGAGGAGACCUUGAGGAGGCACGAUGAAUUCUUCGCCACAGAAGCAGACCUAGCCAGCCAGCUGGUAGAGUUGGAGGCAUUGAUACCCGACCUACUGCCCUCGAUCAACGUGGCAGGGCGAGAGCAAGUGGAACAGAGCUUGGCCUCAUUACGGCAAAGAAGAGUAGACACUGAGCAACAAGCUCAAGGUCAGCAAGACAUUCUCCAAAGAUGUGUGACCCAGUGGCAUGACUACCAGGAGGCCAGGCAGCAGGUCAUUGCACUGAUGAACCAGGCGGAAAAGAAGUUGUCGGAAUUCUCUUCAGCUAAAGCAGCAACUAGCCAUGAAAGUGAAGAGAAGCUGACUCAGCAUAAGUCCUUGCUCUCUGUGGUGAACUCCUUCCAUGAGAAGAUCACAACCCUGGAGGAGCAAGCCUCACACCUCGAGAAUUUGGGGAACGACGCCAGCAAGGCCACCAUAAGCAGGUCGAUGACAACCGUGUGGCAGCGUUGGACGCGACUCCGCACUGUAGCUCGGGAGCAGGAGAAAAUGCUGGAAGAAGCUGCACGGGGCUGGAAAAACCUCACCGACAAGAUCGAGACAACCACUGUUGUAGUGGACCAGCUGCAGGACCGGCUCCCCGACAGCUCGGUUGAAAAGGCGAGGAAGACCGAGCUGCUCGAGCUCCUGGAGUACCAUGAUGCCUUCGCGCAGGAAGUGGAACGGGAGCAGUCCACUCUGACCGUGCUCCGACAGCAAGCGCUGAACAUGCUCCGUGAUGUGGCCAUGCCUUCCACCUCUGUCGAGGACCUGCCUGUAAUGCAUGAGAUCAAAGCCAUGCAGGACAGAUAUGACAAUGUUCGACAGAAGAUAAGGAAGAGCAAGAAAAUGGUCCAACAGGAGCUGAAAGAGCGGGAGGAGGUGGAGAGUGAAUUAAAUGCUGUCAAACAGUGGCUCCACGAGACAAGAGAGUAUCUGCUAAAUCCUACCUCCGAUGCAGUUACAGAGCUUCGGGAGUUAAAGGAACUGCACACCGAGGUAGCCGCUCGACACCAGACAGUGGAACAACUGGCAGAUCGACAGCGCGAUAAGUACCUGGAGCUUUACACCAUUCUGCCCUCUGAGCUCUCCGAACAACUGGCUGAGGUCACACUGGCCCUUGGAGCCAUUGAGGAACAGGUGAAUAUGAAAGAGGGAGAGGCUCAGCAAAUGCAGGCGGUGACCCUGGACUUUAACUGCAGGAUGCAGCAGAUCUCUGAUGAACUGAAUGACAUUUCCAGAAAGCUGAAAGAGAAAGGAACCGAUAUUGUACAAGCCAAGAUUGAGCAUAAGAGACUCUGGGAUAAGCUUGACUGCUGUAACGUGAAGCUUGUGGAACUGGACGCAACAAUGCAAGAUUUCACAGAGCAGAACCCUCAACAGAGCAAGUGUCUGGCAGACGACAUGACAAAGCUGUCCAGCCUCUAUCAACAGGUCUUCAAGGAGACUGAGUACAGAGCCUCUAAACUCAACAAGGCUGCUUCACAGUUGGAGGAAUACCAUGAAAUGCUUGACUUUGUGCUGAAGUGGUUGGAGAAAGCGAAGAAUCUCGGGUACAGUGCUAUCAACUGGCACUCCGCGGCUCAGCUCAAUGACCAGCUCAUUACCUACCAGGCCACACUGCGUGAAUCUGAGGAAAUCCAGAGUGAUCUACAGGCAAUGAGUGAGAAGUUAGACAGCGUCAGUGAUGUGUAUCAGACGGGUGCCAUGUCUCAGCAUGUGAGCAAUCUCCGCCAACAGACAGAAGAGCUCCAGCAACUUAUGCGAACACGUUUACAAAGCCUGCAAGAUGCAGCCAAGGAUAUGGAGCAGUUUGAGACUGAGGUGAAGAGCCUGCAGGCGAUGGUGAAGCAGGCCCAAGUCACUUUGACCUCCCCUGAACUCGCACGGCUGUGCCUUAAGGAGCAACUCUUUCAAAGACAGAGGUUACUGGCCGACAUGGAGAGCUUCAAGCAGAAGGUGCAAGUCGUGCACAGGUAUCAGGCUGCUUUGCGAAUUCCUGAGGAAAUUGUCACCAACCUCCCCAUCUGCCAGACGGCACUGAGGCUGCAGGAGCAGGCAAGCCGCUUGCAGCACACUGCGAUCCAGCAGUGUAACAUCCUACAGCACAAAUGGCGACGGGCUCAGCGAUGGUGUUUGCAGGCAGAGCAAGCUUGCCAGAUAAUAGGCGUUUACUUUGGGCAUGCUUGGCAUUACAGGAAGCAGUGA